AUGGCAAAGCCCCACCACCACCGGCGCCUCGCCAGCGUCACCACCACCACCCUCCUCCUCCUCGCUGUCCUUCAUAUCGUACGCACCGCCGCCGAAGACGAACAGCCUCCAUGGCCAAUCUGCGGGCCCGAACCCUCCAGUGGCAAUUAUCCGCAGAACAGCACCUACGACACCAACAUCAAUCUUCUCUCGGCCAGCCUCCCCAGAAACGCCUCCUCGUCUGCUGCGUUCUACGCCACCGGAAACGUGGGCGAUGUGCCCAACAUCGUCUACGGCCAGGCGCUCUGCCGCGGCGACGUUGCUAACGCCUCCGCCUGCGAGAGCUGCGUCGCGACGGCCUUUGGCGGUGCGCAGCAGGCGUGCCCACUCUACAAGGACGUGGUGAUCUUCUACGACCUCUGCCAGCUCCGCUUCUCCAACCGCAACUUCCUCCUCGACGACGACUACAUCGUCACCACAUACUGGCUGCAGCGGUCGCGGCUCGUGGGCUCGCCGGCGUUUGAUGGCGCCGUCGGUAUGCUCGUCAACGCCACCGCGGACCACGCGGUGGGGGACUCGUCCAGGCGGUUCGGCACGGGGGAAGUGGGCUUCAACGACAGGAGAAAUCCCAAGAUUUACGCGCUGUCGCAGUGCGCGCCGGACAUUACGCCGGAGGUCUGCCGGAACUGCCUUAACGCCAUAAUUGGGCAGCUUCCGAAGUGGUUCAGCCGCAUGACAGGCGGGGGGAUUUUCGGGGUGUGGUGCAACUUCCGGUACGAGGUGUACUCUUUCUUCUCCGGCCGUCCGCUGGUGGAGCUUCCGCAGAUUGUAGAGAGGCCGCCUGCUUCCGCGCCACCGGUGAUACCAGGAGGAGAGAAAAGGAGAAAUAGUACAGGUAAAGUUGUAGCUAUUCUGAUGCCUACAAUUGCUGUGAUGUUGGUCAUCGCCGUGGUAUACUUAUUCUGUUGGAGGAGGAGACGACCAGAAGAAGAUGCGUUUCUACCUUCACAAUCCGCUACCUCAAAUGAUAUUCAACCCAUCGAUUCGCUGCUUCUUGAUCUAGCAACACUAAGAGUUGCCACAGAUGACUUCGACAACAGCAAAAUGCUUGGGAAAGGAGGCUUCGGUAUAGUUUAUAAGGGAGUCCUACCUGAUGGUGAAGAAAUAGCAGUCAAAAGGCUUUGUCAGACUUCCAGACAAGGAAUAGGAGAGUUGAAGAGUGAACUGGUUCUAGUUGCCAAGCUUCACCACAGGAAUCUUGUAAGACUUGUUGGUGUUUGCUUGGAAGAACAAGAGAAAAUACUUGUGUAUGAAUAUAUGCCCAAGAGAAGCCUUGAUACCAUCCUUUUUGAUUAUGAACAAAAUAAAGAGCUGGAUUGGGGAAAGAGAUUCAAGAUUAUCAAUGGAAUCGCUCGAGGCUUACAAUACCUCCACCAAGAUUCUCAAUUGAAGAUAGUUCACCGCGACCUCAAAGCAAGCAAUAUACUACUAGAUUUCGAUUACAAUCCAAAAAUUUCAGAUUUCGGUUUAGCAAAGUUAUUCGGAGGGGAUCAAUCAGAAGAUGUGACAAGUCGUAUCGCCGGCACAUAUGGAUACAUGGCGCCGGAAUACGCCAUGCGUGGUCAGUAUUCCAUCAAGUCAGAUGUGUUCAGCUUUGGCGUCUUGGUCUUAGAGGUCGUCACUGGAAGAAGAAAUGAUGCAUCACAUAACAUCGAGCAAGACGUCGAUCUCGUGAAUCUUGUAUGGGAGCACUGGAACAGGGGAAAUGUCAUCGAGCUGAUCGACCCCUCCCUGUGUAACCAUCCUCCGGUCGACCAGAUUCUGAAGUGCAUCCACGUCGGGCUCCUGUGCGUGCAGAGGAAACCGGCGAGCAGGCCCACGAUGUCGUCGGUAAAUAUCAUGUUCAGCAGCCACACUGUCCGUCUCCCUUCUUUGUCGAGGCCGCCAUUCUUCAUCCAGGAUAUCAGUGUCAGUGAAAGCUGGACUGCUCAUUCAGAUGCAUAUCCACCAGGAGAAAAUUCAACUGUGAUGUCUUCCAACCAAGUGUCCAUCACGGAGCUUUCGCCAAGAUAA